GAGUGGUAACACAAAGGGAAAGUAGGAUCCAUUCUAUCCCCCUCAGCGUUAAAGCACAGAAGCGACCUUCUGUGUUGUCAACUUGGCUGUCGACAAUCAAGCUAAAUACUUAAGGAUAUAUUUAAAAUGAACUGUAGAUUGCAUUGUCUCUAAUCAUUGACAGUUCAUCUAACACCGAAACUGUAUUAAACAUCCGAAGAAGACGGGAAAGCUAGAGAAUAUGCGUAUGCAAUAGAACAUAUUUUGAUUGUUGUACAUGGGAAGUUGAUUUCAUCAGCAGCACUAAGCAUCCACUCAUCAUGUGUCCCAGGAGAGCCAACUUCGACAUGCAUUUGACAGUCAACUGCAAUAUCAGUUUGGUUUAUUUGCUUAUAGCUUUAGGAGCAUAUAUAGUGUAUAAAUACUAUUGGGAUUAUGUACCUGGUUUUGGUAAUUUUUAGUCUAUUACUUUUAUGUCUUAUGUAGCUAAAGUUACAUAAUAAGGGUCAGAAUAUGUACAUACAAGUUUUAUAUGUAUAUGGCUAUAUGUCAAAUGUUGAUAAUGUUGGUAUUGAAAGUAUGGCUGCUUUGAAGGAGUUAAAAUGAAAUGAAAUGAUGCAUGAAAAUAGAAUACUGGAGUCAGAAGCCAUAGUCAAAUUGGAACAAGCAGAUAUCAUCGACAAUGAGCCUAACAAUGCUGCAAGCUAUUGUAAGGGAGGAGUCAAAAGGAAUUACUCUCCUUUUAUUUCUGCCCAAGAAAAUUCCUUUGGACAGCCAGAAGUAAAUAGAAUUGACACUCACUUAAGAUGUGUGAAGUCAGAACCUGGAGAAUAUGUGUGCAGCAUUUGUGGGCUGGACACUGGCACUGCUUUUCGUCUGAGGAGGCACUCGAAGAUCCAUGCCAAAGAGAAAACACAUGACUCUCGUAUUCCCAAUGAUGGGAUAUUGCACAAAUUUAAAAACUGUUUUUCAAAAUUUACACAAAAGUCAUCCUUUAGGAAUCACCAAAAAAAUCAUGUUAGGAUAAAGGAAUUUAAAUAUGAGAAAUGUCCUGCAGCCUACAUUAAUCAACCACAGCUGAAAGACCACACUAUAAAACAUGCCAGUGAGAAGAUAUAUCAUGGUCAGGAAUGUGGAGAAGGGAUUGCCACAGCCACAAGGCUUACUUACCACCAGGUGACCAAUACUGUGGAAAGGCCUUACCAUGGUGAAGUCUGUGGAGAAACAUUGCAAGAAAAGACUGCUCUCAUAACCCAUAAAUCUAUCCAUCUUACCAGUCAGGAUACAGACACACAAAAUGAAAAUAAUCCUCAAGUAGGGCAAGAAAACCCAAUUCAGGAAGAGAAACAUGAAGGGAAAAAAAUAAAUACAAGGAAUGUUACUUUACAAAACUUUCAGGAAGACAUUCCCAUUUCAAGUACAACAGAGGCCAUGGCCAGCUGUAAAAUGCAAGGAGAGAAAUAUACAUUUUCUGGGAAUGUCUUGAAUAUUCCCCAUCCUGACAUUGUACAGGAGGCAUUAGCAACUGGGACACUCCUUGAGAGCCAGGGAGAAGAUGGACAAAUCUAUCUUAUUGUUCUUCCCAGAACUAUUUUAGAGCAAGACUACACACAUGUUACUUUACCUUCAAAAAUACCUUUAGUAACAGCACCUGCUUUGGCAUCAGGAAUAGACUCCGUUUCACAACGGAAUCAAGGUACUGAAGAGAAUUCUGGUAAUUUGCUAAUGUGGGACAAUGAAUUAAAUAUUUCAGAAGUUUCUUUCAAACCAGAAUCUAAGGGAGAGACGUCUGAACAGAGUAAGAACAAAAAAGAAUAUGAGGAAGAGGAUUCAUCUUCAAAAGAAAAGGGAUCACAUGCUUGUAGUAAGAAGUUUAUAUCAACCAGAAUCAAGCAAAAGGGAAAAUCUAAAGAGAAAAAGGUGUAUACAUAUGAGUGUAAAAGCUGUGGGAAAAAAUGCAAGAAUUCCUCAAGCUAUGUUAUACAUAUGAGGACACACACAGGUGAAAGGCCGUAUUACUGUGGCUAUUGUGGUGUGGGCUUCAAACAAGUUACUCACUUAAAAAGCCACAUACGCAUUCAUACUGGAGAGAAACCAUACAAAUGUAGCCAGUGUGAUGCUGCCUUUCACCAGAGCUCUCAAUUGCAUGCUCAUUUUAAGGUUUGGCACAUAAGAAAACAAGAGAAGAUGAAAGAGAAGGUCAAAGUCAGAGGUAGUAUUAGGAAUUUUUAUUGCAAGAUAUGUGAUAAAACAUUUGUUAAUUCGUGUUUUAAAAAACAACAUAUGAAAACACAUAUAGAUGAAUUGCAAUAUAUAUGUAACAAAUGUGAGGUCACAUUUAAAACAAAAAGUAGGUUGCACAGACAUGAGAAGUCGCACAUACAUGAUAGUUUUAAGAUCUGUAAAUUAUGUGGACUUCAUUUCAAGGAUGUAAAAUCUCUGGAUCACCAUAAACUUGUAAUACAUGAUUUAUCCAAAGAGGAAUCAGAUAUAACUAGAUUUCUUGAUGAAAAGAAACUGAGUGAAAGAAAUGAAACUGAAACUUCAAAUGAUGGUGAUUCCUUUGCAAAUGUUAAUCACACAAGUAUGAUGGGUAAAGAACACUGUGGAUUAGAACAUACCUAUGAUAUCAAGAAAUCCUCAGAAAAUGUUCAGAUCCAUUCUUGCAAAAUUUGUCAGAAAACAUUUAAGCAGAAGACAAAUUUAAAUACUCAUAUGAGAGUGCAUACAGAUGAAAGGCCAUACAAGUGUGAAGAGUGUGGUAGUGCUUUUCACCAGAUAUCUCAUCUUAAAGAUCAUGUAAAGAUACAUUCAGGUGAGAAGCCCUUCAAGUGCAGUGUGUGUUUGGCUUUGUUUGUUCAGUCUUCAGCAGCAAAAACACACAUAAAAAAACAUCAUAGUGGUCAAGCCAUUGUCAUUAAGGAGGAAAAAAAUGAUUUCCUCACCAAGGAGUCAAUUGUUUUGCAAGAGAUACCAAAGAGUGACGAUGACAACACAGUUGUGAUUAAUAUUGAAAGUUGUGCCUCACUUUCUUGAGAGGUUCGGAUUUAGAGAAAUGUACUGGGAAUCAUUGAAGAAGAUGAAAAAAAUGCUGGAGUUCAGAAAAAAAAAAAGGAAGUUCCUGUAUAUCAGGAUAGGAAAGAGAGUACAAAUUUAUCCCUUGAUUGCAAGAAGAAUACCAGCAAAAUCAAAGAAAUGGAAGUAAGUUUGACUCGGUUGUUAAGAGAGGCAAGGAAUUUUUGCAUCAUAUGUUAGAGGAACAUCUUCACUAAAGUUUCAUGUGAAGAAGCCCCACACCCAUGGGAACAAAAGGUAUGUAGGGGGAAUAUUUUGUAUGUAAACCAGAAUAUCAAGCCAAAUAUAGAUCUAAAUUGUAAACUCCACAAAGUGAUGGUACGUGUUAAGAAAUUCAAAUGUUAGUUUUAUAGCUCAUAUGGCCUGAAAGAUUUGAAAGGAUACCCAAAAUGUAGGAAUGCCAGAAGAAAAUGUCCUAGUUUCACUCAAGAGAUAGUCCUUGAUGUGUGUCAGAAAAUGAGAGUAAAUACCAUCAGGAGACUUUGUAAUUGUAAACAAAAGGGUCAUGAAACCAGAAGUCAUGAGUAUGUACAAGAGUAAAACCUAUUUUUAUUUUUAAUUCUAUUUUAUUGUUUUUGUUUUUUUGUUUUUCAGGUAAUAAAAAUAAAUGAUCAUAUUAGAGGUUAGUGUAAGAAGGAAGGCUUCAGAUGGAUGAAGAUAUAGUAAUUUUGUUUAAAUGGCUGUUAAUUGAGAGGACUAAACUUUCUUAUACAGGUUAAAGAUAUAGUUACCAUAUUGCUAGAGGAACAAUGAAUAACAUUGUUAUUUAUAUGCAAUAUCUAAAUGUGCAAUUUAUUUAUUACAUUUUAUAUACAUAUCACUUAGUUGUCAGAAUCACAUGUUAAAAUAACAAUCUUUGAGUGUUUUGCAACAAUCAACAUGUAAGUACAGUAAUACAAACAUGUAUUUUUUGUUAAUUAUUUGCUUGUGAAUCAUGCAUAUUUCAGGUAUAGAUACCAAAGCCCAACUCAGUUAAGAUUAUCUUGGUUUUUGAGUUGAGGAAAUAAUUAUCAAUUUUCUAUCUUAUGAUUUACUUUUUUCAUUGCUGUUAUUACAUUCAGACUAUAUAUCAAAUGUGUGAAAUAUACACUACAUUGAGAAAAAUAUACUUAGUGAUAUCCAGAGAAAAAAUAUAUAUAUAUAUUUAGCAUUUCCAUUUUGAAAUGCAGACAAUAUUGAAUAUUGUUUAUAUUAUCUUUUCAUUAUAUUUCAUGUUUUUUGGAUUUAUCAAUGCUUGAGUUUUAUUUGACUGCAUUGAGUGAUAUCUGUGAUAAUAGUUGCUACUGCAUGAAUAAGAGAGUUGUUCAUUUGAUUUAGAUAAAUCUUCUUACCAUAAUGCAAAUGUUGGACUGAAGUGUUUGUGCUUAUGAGAAUGUAUUAAAGUUUACCAGUGGAAUUUUGUUUCUGCAUAUGUACACUCCAUUGAAGAGGCUUUGCUUGUUUUUCAGUCAGUUAUCGGAUGUUUAAUCUUCACUUUUUGUUAUUUCUUGUUAAAAACAAAACAUCCAAUGGUGAUUUUGUAUUUUUGUGUCAGAUAUUAUUAUGGAAGUAAUUGUGGUUGUGGUUAGGUUUUUAAAAAAGUAUCUGUCAAUCUAUUUUGCUUCAAAGAAAUGGGAUGUACAUUUUGUUUCUAUCAAAAGGAAUCAUUAAUAGCAAAGUUGUUAUUGUGAAACUUGCUUAGCACAUGCAGCACAAGGUAGAUGAAUAGUGUUAGACACUAAUUUUGUAAGGUUACAGUAAUUUUGUAACAUGAAUGAACAGGUGUCAAAAA